CAGGUGUAUCCAUAUUCUUCUGAUGCCUAACUUCUAAGAAAUACCUGUCUGUGAUGUAACUAGAUGUGAUGGUUAUAGAGUUAAAUUCCUUGCUGACUGAAUCUGAAGUUUAAUAGGAGAUAACCACAACACACCAGACACUGUACCAAGCAACUAGAUAGCUUUCUGCUAAUACAAGGAGUAUAGUCAUUGUUAGAAACCGGUUAGAAGAUGUUUUAUUCUAAGGUAAACUUUGUUUGGUUUCAUCUGUGAAUACUCCUACUAAUCUAUUCCAAUUUGCAGUAAUGGAACAACUACAGGAUCCAGUUAUGCAAGAAGACGCAAAUAUUAAAGCCAUUAAUGAAGAGUACAGGAAAGCCUUUAUUUUUAUCAAUAGAGGACUGAAUACAGAUGAACUGGGUCAGAAGGAAGAGGCAAGAAAUUAUUAUAAGCAAGGACUUGACCACUUGCUCCGAGGAGUUAGCAUUCCAUCGCAGGGUCCCGCGUGUGUAGGGUCCCAGUGGGAGUCUGCCAGGCAAAUGCAACAGAAGAUGAGGGAGACCCUCCGAAAUGUUCACGCUCGACUCGGCAUUCUAGAACAAAACACCCCACCUGUACAAGCAAGUCCUGCUGCAAUGGCUGCCCCUGCUGGGGUGCCCAAGUUGUACCCAUCCAUUCCUUCCAAAGAAAAGCCAGAAAGACCCCCAGCCCCUAGUUCUCUGUUUGUACCAAGUCAGCCACCUGCAGCAGAUGGAAGUGCUGCAACUGUGAGCCAGGGGCAAAUUCCAGCUAUGAGUCCAUCAUCUGCAAAACCUCUUUGUCUGCCAAAUGAAGCACCUCCUGCCUACACUCCUCAAGCUACCAAUGGCCAUUUUACUGUGUCUUAUGGCACAGACUCUGGGGAGUUUUCUUCUGUAGGUGAGGACUACUACAGUAAGUGUACUCAGCCACCUCCCCUUGAAAACCUGGGAGUGGAUGCGGAUGAGCUGAUCUUGAUUCCCCAAGGAGUACAAAUAUUCUUUGUGACUCCUGAUGGGCAGGUUAGUGCUCCUUCAUAUCCUGGAUAUCUACGCAUUGUGAAGUUCUUGGAUACAGAUAGUGAGAUGGCCCAGAAUCGUCCACCUGCGUUUCUUCAGGUUUGUGACUGGUUGUAUCCUCUAAUGCGUAACCAGUCUCCUGUUCUGUGCUGCAAUACUGGUGUCUACAUGUUCCCUGACUCGAUGUCCCAGAUACCAGGGUCCUAUGUGGGAGUAGUGCUGUCUUCAGAACUUCCAGCAGCUGACAGAGAGCUCUUUGAGGAUCUCUUAAAACAGAUGUCUGAUCUUCGAAUCCAGGUGCCAGGAUCCCAUGAGAGAGUAGGGUUAUCUUCAGAGCUCCCAGCAACUGAGAGGGCGCAUUUUGAAGAUAAAUUUAAACAGAUGUCUGGCCACAAAGUCCAGCCUUCAGAAGCCUCUAGUGAUGCAAUUAACUUGCCUCAGACUGUACAUAUCCACCCACAACCUGAAGGAGCGGAAAAUCAGAAGGAGUUGCCAGAAUGGAGUGAGAAAGUUGCCCAUGGAAUCUUGUCAGGUGCAUCUUGGGUAAGCUGGGGCCUAAUAAAAGGAGCAGAAUAUACUGGUAAAGCUAUCCACAAAGGAGCUUCUAAACUGCGAGAACACAUUCAACCAGAAGAAAAACCUCUGGAAGUCAACCCAACUGUGGCAAAGGGGCUUCAUGUAGCAAAACAGGCUACUGGAGGAGCUGUGAAAGUCAGCCAGUUCUUAGAUAGAAAUGGCUUGGUGUUCAGAGGUGCUUGGGGGGGGGGGGGGUUUUUUUGCUGUGUUGGAAAGGAGCUGGCUCCACAUGUGAAGAAGCAUGGCAGCAAAUUAGUUCCAGAAUCCCUUAAGAAAGAUAAAGAUGGCAAAUCCACUUUUGAUGGUGCUCUGGUGGUAGCAGCAAGUGGAGUUCAAGGGUUUUCAACAGUGUGGCAAGGUUUAGAAAGUGCAGCGAAGUGCAUUGCUAAAAGUGUUUCAACUGAGACUGUAAAAACUGUCAAAUACAAGUAUGGAGAUGAUGCUGGCCACGCUACAGACAACGCUAUGAAUUCUGCAAUCAAUGUUGGUGUGACAGCGUUUAACAUUGACAAUAUUGGUAUCAAAGCUGUUGUAAAGAGAACUGCAAAGGAAACGGGCCAUGCUGUGUUAGAUGAAUAUAAAGUAUUGGAUAAUGAGAAGAAGGGUAAAAAAUGAAAGUAAUGAACUGUUUCUCAAAGCUUAACACUAGAGAUGAAACUUCCUAUUUAGAAGUAACUACAUUGCUAAUCUGUGAUUUAACGCAAAUCACACUGUACUUCUCAAGCAACUGUUACUUAAUUUGACAUGAAAAUGUAAAAAUAGGGAGGGCAUUCGUAGAAGGAAAAAUGAAAGUUGUCUUAACUCCUUGUUCUGUAUUGAACAAGGGUUUUAAACAGCUGGAUCAGGGCUUUAGACAACUGGAAGGGUAUGAGUGUGCAGUUAAUAAACUUGCCUCUGUAAGCACUUUUCCAAAAUAUAAUAUAGAAUGAUAGAUUAAUAUAGAAAUACUAUUGUGACUAUUUUUGUAAUGCUUUAUAUUUGCAGAGAAGGUGGUGAUACAGAACAAAUAGGAUUACUAAUUCUGGAACAAAUAGGACUACUAGUUUUGUUUUAUAACUGUCCUUAAGCGUUAGUUUUACUAAAACAGCCUUGUCUUAUUUAAUAUGCACUAAAAUAAGCUUUGUGUUUCAUUGUUUUGUAGAGAAUUUCCCUUUCCAGCUACCGAACAGCUAAUCUUAUCCAAAGUUCAUGUUAGAAGAAAUGAAAGAUGAACCUCAGGUAACUAGGUAGUCAUUCCCUUUAAAACUAUUUUUUUUUCCAUCCAGCAUAUAAGCAAACCAAAGAUAUCAAGCAUUUCUUCUAAAAGAGGUAUUUACAAAUCUAGAAAAAUGUAUUCUCCAGUGACUCCAUAAGGAAUAAACAAAGAUUCUUUGAAAUUGAGAUUUUUAUGUAGAGAGGAUAAGUAUGUUUUUGCAUAAAUUAAAGUAUUUUUCUGUAAAAACAUUCUAUAGGGGACACUAGGAACUUCUGUGCAUUCUGUACUUUUCAGCCAAUCCAGAAAGAUUCAGAGUAUAUAUCAUGGCCUCCUAAGGGAGACAAUAUGUAUUUGCUUCAACAAGUAGUUCUAACAGUCAGCACCUUUAUUCCAUUAAAUUCAUAGUUGCACAAGGUACGUCUUUAAAGGGUAUGAAGACAAGCCCUUUUUGAUGAAGAGAUGUGUGUGGAAUAGAAGAGACACUACUGUGUAGGCUUUUCAUCCUGUUUCUAGUGCAGUGUGAAAUAACUCCAUAUGCAGACCCUUUGAGAUGCUUUUACACUGCUACUUGUUUAACAAUUCAUUAUUGAGUUUUAAAGCUGCUACGCUUUCUAAUACUGGCUGGACCUGCAGCAAACAACACCAUCCAUUUACAACUUAUCUCCAUUUUAUGCAAAUGGAGAAAAUAACUAUAAAUGGUUGUUAGCAAAUGAUAUUUGCAUCAGAUUGAAAAAAUAGUGACAACUAAUAGGUGCACAUUUUGUGGUAGCUACUGUAGGUGCAUACUUAGGGUGAGAAACGUGAAACAAAGGAUCUAACCACUUGAAGUGUAACUUUGAUUUAUGGAAAUAAAGAUGAAA